AUGGGUGGUCGUCUAACAACUUCACCAUCAUCGACAUCACCAUCAUCAUCAACAACAACUCAGCGACCUACAGCUUCCAAUCCUUCCGCAAAUUCAAAUCCCACACGUACACAUUCAAAUCAUCAUUAUCAACAACAGCAGCAGCAGCAGCAGCAAGUAGUGCAUCAUCAUCAUCGGUCCAACAGUAGUCAUCAUCAUCAUUCACAUGGAUUGUUUGGUAAUAAUUCCGGAAAUUCUAAUAGUCGACAUCGAACAGCAUCGACAAAUAUUGAUCCAUUAGCUGCAACAACAUUUAAUUUUAAUUUAUUACGUUACGUUGGACUCGAACAUGAAUCGGAUGAUCAAAGUUCAGAUGAUGAUUCUCCGCAAGCUCAUCGGCGUUUACAACAUUUCAUAAUUACUCUUCGUGAUGUUCCUUGUCCUGUGUGUAAUAAAACAAUACCAAGCGAUUUAUUUGAAAAACAUAUUCUACAUUGUUUAUCUAAACCUCGAAUAGAUUAUAAUGAGGAUGUAUUAACUGAAGAUAAGGAUGAAUGUGUCAUUUGUCUUGAUGACCUAUUGGCAGGACAAAAGAUUGCUCGAUUGCCAUGCCUUUGUAUUUAUCAUAAAAGUUGUAUUGACAAUUGGUUUCGUAUCAAUAGAACAUGUCCUGAACAUCCCGGCGAUUAA